AUGACCAAAGUCGCAUUAAUCACAGGAGGAGCCAGCGGAAUGGGCCUGGCCGUGGCCAACGCUCUAUCCUUACGCGAAGACUGGGAAAUCCACAUCCUCGACAUCAGCUCGGAGCGAGGAGCCCAUACAGCAAAAGAACUACCCCGGACAAUAUUCCAUCACGCCAAUGUGACCAAAUACAGCGACCUUGCAGCCGCGUUUCAGGACAUGUUCCAGCAGCAUAGCAAGCUCGACUUUGUAUUCGCAAACGCAGGUGUCAUUGAACGCACCAAUUUCUACUCCACGCCACAAGCAGAGAACAGCAGGGAUGUGUGCCCACCGCCGGAGCCGGACCUGCUCUCGAUCGACGCUGAUUUGAAGGGUGUCAUCUUCACGGCUUACCUGGCCCAGCAUUAUUUCCAUCACUCGUCUCACAGAGGCCGAGACUCGAGCUUGGUCAUGACUGCUAGCUGUGGUGGGUUGUAUCCGUCUUUCUAUUCGCCGCUGUACUCUGCGGCCAAAUUCGGCGUAGUAGGAUUCAUGCGAUCGAUAUCGCAACACUUCCACGCAAGCGGGAUCCGCGUCAACGCCAUCUGCCCAGGAAUCGUGCGCACUAAUCUAGUCGACUCGACGGGCUGGGACAGUUUUCCGCCUGGUCGGUUCAUCGAUGUGGAAACGAUCGCCCGGCUUGUGCUCCAGCUCGUGGAUGGUGGUAAACCCGCGGGCCGGGGACUGACUGAUACACCCGGCAGGCACUUGCCCCUGGAGGAGUUGUACGGAGUUGCAGUGGAGAUCUCGGAUAGCGGGUUUUAUUUCCGGGAUCAGCAUGUCUUUUGUGAUGAGGGUAUGCGUGAGGUGAUGGAGGCGACGGUGGUCGAGAAUCAAGUGGGUGCUGUUCUCAAUGGUUAG